CCUCCCAGUGCUGCAGCUCACUGUAUGAGGUCUUUCAAGAGAGAGCAGGACAACAGAAGACACCAAAGAUCCUGUUUUGAUCAUAAACCACAUUCAUCAUGCAUAAAACAGAUGGGACCAUGCUGAUCGCUGCCCUGUGCCUUAUGUGCAUGCCAAUAGUGUUCGGCAGUGACUGUGCACCUUAUGUGGGACCUGAUUUCUCUCCCAAUAGAGGACAGACCUGUGUACUUUCAUUCUGUGCAGGCACCUGCACAAGCCGGUAUUGUAGCAUUAUACCGGGCACAGAGCUGGACCAGUCCCAAUUCAUGUGUAUUUUGACUAACCUUUACUUUGUGGUUGGAUGCUGCAUCGUAGCCUUCUUAAUACUGAUUUUUGGAAUUAUCUCUUGUUGUUGCAAGUCCCUCUGUGCGUGUUUUAGACUCUGUUGUCCAAGACGUACACAAACUCAUGUGACUACUAGCAGGGUGGCAGUCACCAGCAUCAUUCGCCAUCAGCCCAUGAUGCAAAUUCCAUUUUCCACACCUGCCACAGGAUAUGUGCCCGUGGCCAACCCAACCAUGUAUGCUGGACAGUGUCCACCACCAUAUUCAGGUGCAGAUAACAUGGCUUUUGAAGAAACAAAAUAAACCGUGCUGCUUUAUAUACGCUGUGUGGACAAGCGAUACUACUGCAUCUUCAAAUAAUUGGAAUGUUACAUCUCUUUCAUAGUUCAAGGAUUGCCCAUGUUCAAUCACUCUUUAACCUACCGUUUUUCUGUUUCUGUGCUGUUUUGCACAAUUUUUUAUGUUACAAAUAUUUUUUAUUAAAGUUUCCUAUGUAAAAAUGUAA